GGGUAGUGCAAACAACAUUACCCGGGGGAUGCAACGUUGUAUACUUGACUUGAGGUUGUAAUAUUUUUUUAAUUCAUAUUUACCAUUUAAUGUACACGAAUUGCUUUUUCAAACGUAUUUCCGAUCAUGCCGAUUUAACUGGUUGCAGUGCGUAAACUAAAAUAACGACUCAGAACUACAAACAUCGUUGAAUGUGGACAAAGUGGACGCUUGUUUCGUAACACUUCUUUUUUAUUUUUCUUACAAGUUUCUGACACACAUCUGGGACACUUUUUCAUACCUGUAACUGUUUUAAGACCGUCUUACUAAAGUGAAGGGAUGAAAACACGGUCGUCUUCUCCGCCCGUUCAUGUUCAUAUCCCAGACUCCACAUCUGUGCAUGUUCACCUGAAGAAGAGCCCACAGAGGAGCCAGCAGGCAAAAGUGAGCAGUUUGCGAUCCACUGCCAGUGUGAAGGUCCGAGCUCCAUGGGUUCCUCCUGGAAAGAGCUCAACACGAAGACAGUACAAAUGGGAGGGGGCUACUCGCUGCUUGGAGAUCACUCCUGGACUCUCCUCUUCCUCACCUCCACUCCGGCUCACUGACCUGUCCAGUGAAGAAGAGGAUCCAGGAGGAGCCAUCAACAAAUAUGAGAGAAAACUCGAAAGCCUAAUGUCGGAGGUUGACUGUUUAAAAAAUGAGGUGAAAUUACGGCAAGCAGAGGAGCACCUGAAGCACCAGUCACAGCAGCUGAGUGCCUGUCAGCAUUUGAUUGACCAGCAUGAGGAAAGACUUGAGGAAGCUAGUAAAAGCUUGAGGAGGUCAAAACGUGAAAACACAGAUCUGCGUAGCUCUGCAGACGGGACACAGGGUGAACCUGGAGAAAUCAGAUCAGAUGCAGGACCACUGCACCAGGAGCUAGAAACUCUGCUGAGGAAACUGGUGGAAGCUGAAAUUGAUGGUCAGGCCGCAGCCAAACAAGUGGUGCUUCUGAAGGAAUCUGUGGGCAAACUCAAAAAGGAGAAAAAACAGUCAAAGGUAAACUCGGAUCAGCUGGGCCGUCAACAUGAGCUACUUGAACAGAAGUUGGACAAAUUUGUGGAGACAAACCGAACUCUCAGACGCCUUUUGAGGGAGCAGCAUGGGCGUGAGACAGAUGCUUUGAAGAUGACUGAUGAGAGAGAGAUUCUAAUGAGGAAGCUAGCAGAUUCUGAAGCUGAGAGAAGGAAACUUGAGACUAAACUUAGCAGGAGAGAAAGAGAGGCCAAUCAGAUGGCUGAGAAUUUGGAAACUGAAAAGGAGCAUAUGAAAGCCACAGGAGAGCUGUCCAAGGUUCUUGAAUCAACCCGCAGUCGCUUGCAGAACAAUCUGCUUAAGAAGGAAGCUGAAAAUAAACGUCAGGAGGCUCAGAUCCAAAGACUGGAAGAGACACUGCAGCAUCAGCAGGAUGAGGUUCAAGGCCUGCUGGAGCAGAUGAGAGAGUUGAAGCAGCACUGUGAAGGAGACGUCCACAAACAGGUCUUGGAGGAACACAGAAAACAGGCAGAGAAAAGUGUGAAUACUGCUGCACAGCUUUCUGCACAGCUCCUGGAAAAGGAGGCUCAGUUAACAGAGGCUCUCUCCAGUGCUGAGGAGCUUCAGCAGCGUUUCUCCAAACAGAGCCGAGAGAAAAGCCAGCUGGAGCUGCAGAUCACCACCUUAAAUAAUCGUCUCAGUGAGUUGAGUGAUCAGUUGUGCAGUUGUGAGCAGAAGUCCUGUGCCGAGAGAGAGGGUCUUCUCAACCGUCUGCACUUCCUCACCUCAGAAAACACUUCCACCAAACUGGAGAACCAGAGACUCAAGAGCACUCUGUCAGCUGCAGAGGACAGGCUGUGUUUGUCUCAGGCUGAGGUGCAGCAGCUGAAGGUCUCACUCAAAGACUUCGAGAGUCUGGUGGAAGGCUACAAAAGUCAGUUGCAGAAGACGCAUCUGGAGUCUGAGCAAUGGAGGCUGAGACUGGAGAUGAUGGAGGAGGCGGCAGAAAGCGAGCGUGUGGAGGUGGACAGAGAGAUGGAGCAUGGCCGCAAGCAGCUCCAGGCCCGGAUGAAAGAGAUGGAGAAGCUGCGCGAAGCUCUAAAGCUCCUGGAGGAUGAGCUCAGAGAGACCAAAGAGAACCGGAUCAUCCAGGACAGGAGAAACACUGAACACAGCUGCGCUCUGGCUGAACUCAGGACAAAAGUGGAGCAGCAGAGUAGUAAAAUAGAGUCACUCCAGGAGAAGAACUUAUUUCUGCUUGAAGAAAAUAUGCAGCUGAAACGCUCAACGGAAAGCAUUGAAAGGAAGAUGGAGGACACGAGUGCUCAGAACAAGGAUCUUCUUCAGCUGGUCUCCAAGCGUGAAGAGACCAUCAAGAGCUGCCAGCAGCAUCUGGAGGAGAAGAGCCGCGAGUGUGAGUGUCUGUUCAGACAGCUGGAGCAGAGCAGAGUGGAGGCACAGAGACAGGGGGAGCAGAGUCUGGAGCGGCUGAUUUCUAAAGAGCGAUCCACUCAGUCCAGAAUGCUGGAUCUGGAGAGCCAACUGAGCCUGGCCAAAAAUGAGCUGAGUCAAACACGCCGCAGCAAAGAUGAUAUGGAGAAGAGAUUUCAGUGUAAACUACAAGACAUGAAGAAUCAGCUGGAGCAGGUGAACAGCUCAAACCGCAGCCUGCAGAACUACGUCAACUACCUUAAAGCUUCAUACGCUGAUGUGUUUGGAGACUCCUCGCUGACCAGCGCACUCAAUCCACACAUCUGAUUUAUCAAAUGUUAAAACUGUCAUUUACUAAUCCUCAUGUCAUGCCGAAAUGCCGAUGAUUUUUUUUGUCUCUGGGGAAAAAUCCUGUGGAUUCACUACGCAUGUGUUUCAGUAAAAUUGUAAUAUUUGUUUCAUUUUAUAAAGGUCUUUAUUUAUUUGUUGUGACUGAAAAAUCAAGGUUAUUCCAAGUUAAAACAUGGGUAUUGUGGAAAAUAAUAAUACUGUGAUUUUAAAUUUGGAUUUGGAAAGAAAUGCCAUCACAUUUUUUACGAUAACUUUACUAAACAAAAAAUGACUAAUGCAGAGAGACAAAAUGUAAAAGCGCUCUCAUUUUAUAUCUGUCCACUGGAAAUAAGGUUAGAAAAGUUAUGGAAUAACAUGAGGAUAAAUAAAAGUCAAUCUUUUUUCAUGAUGCAGUUCUUUUUACCCAUAAUGUACUUGAAUUUGUUUUGUUAACUUUUUAAUAAAACAUCAUUGCGACA